CCGGGGUCACCCCGUGCUCCCCCGGCGUUCUGUGUGGCGGCAGGGUGCCCUGGAAGCGAUACACGCGGGGGAGCAGCAGGAAAGGGCCUUCUCCGGGAGCCGUCCGUGUCCCGUCAGCCACGUGUAGCGGGGACCGGCGGUCCCGAGCUCUGCCUGAGCGCCCGCCGUGCUUACUGAAAAGGAUGGGAAGGGAGAAAAUGGACAAUGAUGAUGACAUUCCCCAGCUUUCAUCCCAUACGUUGGCUGCCCUCCAGGAGUUCUAUUUGGAACAGCAGCAGAGAGAGGGCAUGAAGACCUCCCAAGGUUUUAAUCAAUAUUCCAUUGGCUCAAUAGAAGAAGAUUGGCAACUGAGCCAGUUUUGGUACAGUGAUGAAACUGCAUCGUGCCUGGCUAAGGAAGCAGUUCUGGCAGCUGGAAAAGGUGGCAGGAUAGCAUGCGUUAGUGCCCCGAGUGUGUACCAGAAACUGAAAGAGCAGGAUGGUGAAGAUUUUUCUGUGUGUAUACUGGAGUAUGACAAAAGGUUUUCUGUGUAUGGAGAAGAAUUUAUUUUCUAUGAUUACAACCACCCUUUGGACUUACCUGAAAAUCUCCUGCCACACAGUUUUGACAUUGUAAUAGCAGAUCCACCCUAUCUGUCUGAGGAAUGUCUUCAAAAGACUGCAGAGACCAUCAAAUAUCUAACAAAAGAAAAGAUUCUGCUUUGCACAGGUGCAGUCAUGGAGGAACAGGCAGCAAAGCAUCUUGGUGUGAAGAUGUGCAAGUUUAUUCCAAAACACUCACGAAAUUUAGCCAAUGAAUUUCGAUGUUACGUGAACUAUGCUUCUGGACUGGACUGAUGCUCCUAAGAUCAUCUACAAUUCUACAGCAUUUUCAGUCAAGCUUCUUUCUGUUUUUUAUCAAUUACGCCACAUUUCUCAGGGCUGAAAUACUCGGCUCCAGGUACUGUUUUCUGGGAUAGCUGGAAUCAACACGGUGUGAUUGCCUCUCUUUUAAAUGAGUACGCAUUUGCACUUACCGUGUUUCGUAUUAGGCAAAAGCAGACCAAGCAAUGCAAGUGCUGGAUAAUGGGAACUUCUCAGUUUCAUUUUAACUGGUGGCUUUUACCAUUUGAGGAUGCAUCAGUGACCUCUUUGAAGUGAUUUUAGCUUAUGACAACACAUAGGUGUUUGCCUUGCAGGCGUCAGAGUCAUCAUUGCCAAAGAGCUUGAUACUUCUGUAGUAAUGUGAUCUGUACAUGUCCCUUAAAUCUUGAAUCAUAAUGACUCUGAUUAAAUAUAGUGCCUGCUUUUUCAUAAUUUCAAUAUCAAACUAAAGAGGAUCUACAGAUA